UCUUCUUAAUAAUAUAGAGUAUUUGCUCUGACAAUAUACAGAUACAAGUGUAUUUGUAUAUGUAUAUACAGAGCUAGGGUUUGAUUCUUGAGAUUUGAUUAGCUGAAAAGUGAAUAAAUAAGCUGAUUUUCAGUCAUUAAAAGCACCCAAUAAGUUUGUGAGUAAUAAUUGUUCAGCUGUAAAUACAUACAUACAUGUCAAUACUAAGGCAUAGGAAGGGCACAGAAAACAAGAAAACAGAGCCGGAGUAUGAAGAAUUUAAGGAGAAGAAGAGUAAUGGAAGUUUGAGGAAGAGAAGGGGGAGAUGGAGUUGUGUGGAUGGUUGUUGUUGGUUUGUUGGUUGUAUAUGUUGUAUAUGGUGGUUAUUGCUGUUUCUUUAUAACGCAAUGCCGGCAUCUUUUCCACAGUAUGUGACGGAGGCGAUAACGGGGCCAUUGCCGGAUCCACCAGGAGUCAAAUUGGCUAAGGAAGGGUUAAGAGCCAAGCAUCCAGUGGUAUUUGUACCUGGGAUUGUCACUGGUGGACUUGAGUUGUGGGAAGGACAUCAAUGUGCUGAAGGUUUGUUUAGGAAGAGACUAUGGGGUGGUACUUUUGGUGAAUUGUACAAAAGACCUCUUUGCUGGGUGGAACAUAUGUCACUUGAUAAUGAAACUGGAUUGGAUCCUUCUGGUAUAAGGAUUAGACCUGUCUCUGGGCUUGUAGCAGCUGAUUACUUUGCUCCAGGUUAUUUUGUUUGGGCUGUUUUAAUUGCUAAUUUGGCUCGCAUUGGAUAUGAGGAGAAAAACAUGUAUAUGGCUGCUUAUGAUUGGAGGAUCUCAUUUCAGAACACUGAGGUGCGAGAUCAAACUCUAAGCAGGAUUAAAAGUAACAUAGAACUCAUGGUGGCUUCGAGUGGUGGGAAAAAGGUGGUUAUAAUUCCGCACUCAAUGGGUGUUCUAUACUUCUUGCAUUUCAUGAAAUGGGUAGAGGCGCCAGCUCCAAUGGGUGGAGGAGGUGGAUCAGAUUGGUGUGCUAAACAUUUAAAAGCAGUAAUGAACAUUGGAGGACCCUUUUUGGGUGUCCCGAAAGCAGUCUCAGGUUUAUUCUCAGCUGAAGCCAAGGAUAUUGCUGCUGCCAGGUCUAUGGCCCCGAGUUUCUUAGAAAAUGAAAUGUUCAACUUUCAAACUUUACAGCAUGUAAUGCGAAUGACUCGUACAUGGGAUUCAACAAUGUCAAUGAUACCUAAAGGUGGGGACACAAUCUGGGGUGGACUGGAUUGGUCCCCUGAAGAAGGCCAUGAGUGUAAUGAAAAGAAGCCAAAGAACAAUAGCACCCAGACAUCAGAGAAUGACAGGACAAGAAAGUCAGCUAAUGCUACUCGUGUGAAGUAUGGAAGAUUAAUAUCAUUCGGGAAGCAUGUAGCUGAUUUGCACUCAUCAGAGAUUGAGAGGAUUGACUUCAGAGAUGCUCUUAAAGGUAAAAGUCAUGCCAAUUCCACUUGCCGUGAUGUGUGGACUGAGUACCAUGAUAUGGGUAUUGGAGGUGUCAAAGCUGUUGCAGAUUACAAAGUUUACACAGCUGGAUCUGUUUUGGAUCUUCUUCAUUUUGUUGCACCAAAGUUGAUGAAGCGUGGUAGUGCUCAUUUUUCAUAUGGAAUUGCUGAUGAUCUGGAUGACAAAAAAUAUGAACACUACAAAUAUUGGUCAAAUCCCCUGGAAACAAAAUUACCCAAUGCACCAGGGAUGGAGAUCUUCUCAAUGUAUGGAGUUGGAAUUCCAACUGAAAGAGCCUAUGUAUACAAACUAAGUCCUGGUGGAGAUUGCUAUAUUCCUUUCCAGAUAGAUACUUCGGCUGAGGGUGGAAGCGAAAGCCCUUGCUUGAAAGGCGGUGUCUUUCAUAUUGAUGGAGAUGAGACUGUACCUAUUCUAAGUGCUGGUUACAUGUGUGUGAAAGGGUGGAGAGGAAAGACCCGAUUUAAUCCAUCAGGCAUCCGUACAUUUAUAAGAGAGUACAAUCACGCUCCUCCAGCUAAUCUUUUAGAGGGCAGGGGAACACAAAGUGGUGCUCAUGUUGAUAUAAUGGGAAAUUUUGCACUUAUUGAAGAUAUCAUUAGGGUAGCUGCUGGGGCUACUGGAGAAGACCUGGGAGGAGAUCAAGUGUACUCGGGUAUUUUCAAGUGGUCUGAAAGGAUUAAACUGAAGCUUUAGAUUUCAUAUGAAUUUCAUGUGUGCAAUCAAUUGGUUUGAGGAGCUGGUGGUGCUUUGCUAUACAUCUGGCUUCUCGUCUCCCGGUUGAAACAUCUGUCGUGUACUUAAAACAAGAAUACUCUGGGAAACCUGAAGCUGGUUACUUGAGUGUCCUUGAACUGUAAAUGUUGCAGGAAGCAUGCAUGUUUAGGUUGCAUAACUUAGAAAUUUUGGACAUCCAUUGAUUUUUUUGCCUGUAAUUAUAUCAUCCUUCAUAGCAUAGUGUAGUCUGUAGACAUAAUAUUGGAGCAGUCAAGUACUGCAUUUAUAUGUUCAAUUAUUUUCCUUAUUACACAGCACAAAAGGAGGGACAAAUGUGUUUACAAACAAAAA